AUGGCUCUGCGGCCGCCCGAGGAGGCCGGGCCCCAGGACAAGGUGUUCUAUCCGCCGGAGAGGUUCCAGGACAGCCCCCACCACUUCGCUGCCUACUGCACCCCUUUCCUGAUGUAUAACCACUAUGGCAACGCCCUUACCACCGGCGAGGAGCACUAUCAAGAAUCUUUACGCCAGCUGGAGUCCGCGGUGUCGGGGACCCAGGCGAUGUUCCCCUUUGCCUUCGGGGCUGCAGCUCCCAUGCUGAGCCCUGGCCUGGCUUUGCAGACUGAAUCGCUGUAUGAUCUGUCCAGGUACACCAAGGUGCCACCGUGGUACCCAGUUCCCCACUUCCCAAGGGAGGUGCCGCAGUUCCUGAGCAAUCCGUAUACAGAAGCUAGCAGCAACAUCUUCGGCCCCAGCGAUGGCCAGACGACCAGCGGCCAGUGCUAUGGCCCGGAGACCUUAAUCCCGCAGACCCCCGUCGAUGCCUCUCUGCUACGUGAAGGUCCCAAGACCUCCCAGUUGUCUAACACCUCCCCCGGCCAGCAGGCUGAGGACGCCCCUCAAGCCCUGGACUCAGAAGAGACAUCUCCUCCUUACAACUUCACUCAGGAGGACCUGAACUUAACCCUGUACGGGUACAUUGUCAGCUGGGAGAAUCAAGUCCGCAGGCAUCAUGCUAUUUCUGGUUUAGUGAUCCCCACCGGCAGCGCUGGAUCGGAUUCUCUUCAUCAGAGGCUGGAUAAAGAUGCCGUUCAGCUCCCAGAAGGUCUCUGCCUUUCCCGGACCGUGUUCUGCGGCAUCCCGCACCACGGCGUGUUCUGUAAUACACACAUUGCUAAAGGAGUCCGGUUUGGUCCCUUCGAAGGAAAAGUGGUCCACCCCAGUGAAAUUAAGACCAGUGGAGACAAUUCUCUGAUGUGGGAGAUCUUUGAAGACGGUCAUUUGAGCCACUUUAUAGAUGGAAAAGGAGGGACAGGGAACUGGAUGUCCUUUGUCAACUGUGCCCGCUUCCGCAAGGAACAGAACCUAGUUGCCGUGCAGUGUGAAGGGCAGAUAUUUUACGAGAGCUGCAAGGAGAUUCACCGGAACCAAGAGCUCCUGGUGUGGUAUGGAGACUGCUACGAGAAGUUUCUGGGCAUCCCUGUGAACCUUCAUUCCACAGACCAGGGCGAGCCAUUACCUGGGCCCUCUGAAGCAUCUUCAGAAGGUUACAAAUGUGAGCGAUGUGGAAAAGUGUUCACAUACAAAUACUACCGAGAUAAGCACCUCAAGUACACGGCCUGUGUGGACCACGGGGACCGAAAGUUUCCCUGUUCUCUCUGCGCACGGUCCUUUGAGAAGCGGGACCGGCUCAGGAUCCACAUUCUUCACGUACACGAGAAGCACCGGCCUCACAAGUGCUCUACGUGUGGGAAGUGUUUCUCUCAGUCUUCCAGCCUAAACAAACACAUGCGCGUCCAUUCUGGAGACAGACCCUACCAUUGCGUGUAUUGUACAAAGAAAUUCACGGCCUCCAGUAUCCUCCGUACACAUCUCAGGCAGCAUUCUGGGGAGAAGCCCUUCAAGUGCAAGUACUGUGGUAAAUCUUUUGCAUCCCAUGCUGCCCAUGACAGUCAUGUCAAACGCUCACACAAGAAUGCCAACGGCUGCUUGGGGCCUGGGGGGAAACCCUCUCAGCCCAAGAAGCCCCCACAUGAAGAUUCAUGA